AUCCCCCGUGUAAGAGUGAGGUGGAGGAGGACAUUCCAGGAGAUGUCACCACAGAAAACCCGAGUAAAAAUUGUAAUGGAAAUGUUAUAUUGUUACUAAAUUAUAAAGCAGAAGAUGAAGAUAUCAUGCUGCACUCUUCAAGAGAAAGCCUCAUUACCCUUACUGUACCUCCAGGACUAUCAAAUAUUAUCCCUAACCAUGAUGACCAGAAUUCUGAGGAAAACAUAAUGUUAUCACUAACUUAUAAAGCAGAAGAUAAAGAUAUCAUGCCAUGCUCUUCCAGAGAAAACCUCAUUACACUUAAUGUACAUCCAGGACUCUACAGUACAGAUCUGUCAAAUAAUCCCUUUAAUCACGAGGAACCUUCUCCUGACCAAUCACAAUCACAGAUUGUUACCACAAGUACAGGCCAGAAAGGAGGUAAAAGGUACCAGUGUGGUAAAAAGUUGAAAGAAACCUCAAACUUUUCUACACAUGGAAGAAUUCACACAAGGGAGAGGCGAUACUGCUGUUCAGAAUGUGGGAAGUGCUUCACAAAGAAAUCACAUCUUGUUACACAUGAGAGAAUUCACACAGGAGAGAAGCCAUAUUCCUGUUCAGAAUGUGGGAAGUGUUUUAGAGAUAAAUCGCAUCUUGUUAGACAUGAGAGAAGUCACACAGGAGAGAGGCCAUAUUCCUGUUCAGAAUGCUUUAAGUGCUACACAGUGAGUUCAAGUCUUGUUAGACAUCAGCGAGUUCAUACAGGAGAGAAGCCAUUUGCAUGUUUAGAAUGUUUGAAGUGCUUCUCAUUUAAAUCAAGUCUUGUUAAACAUAGGCAAAGUCACAUAGGAGACAAGCGGCAUUCGUGUUCAGAAUGUGGGAAUUGGUUUAUAGAGCGAGCACAACUUGUGAGACAUGAGAGAAUUCACACAGGAGAGAAGACUUAUUCAUGUUCAGAAUGUGGGAAAUGGUUUAUAGAGCGAGCAAAACUUGUGAGACAUGAGAGAAUUCACACAGGAGAGAAGCCUUAUUCAUGUUCAGAAUGUGGGAAAUGUUUUACAAAUAAAGUAAGUCUUGUUACACAUGAGAGAGGUCACAAGGGAGAGAAACCAUUUUCAUGUUCAGAAUGUGGGAAAUGUUUUAUAGAUAAAUCACAUCUAGGUACACAUUUGAGAACUCACACAGGAGUGAAGCCAUAUUCAUGUUCAGAAUGUGGGAAAUGUUUUACAACAAGAUCACAAAUUGUUAGACAUCAGAGAACUCACACUGGAGAGAAACCAUAUUCAUGUUCAGAAUGUAAGAAAUGUUUUAAUACUGAAGCCAAACUUAAGCUUCAUCGGAGACGUCACACAGGAGAGAAGGCAUUUUGAUGUUUUAUAUGUUGAAAGUGUUCUGUAAGGAAACCAAAUUCUAAAAUUCAUCACAUCAGAAAAAAACAUUAUUUUUAGGAAUAUAGGAAAUACUAUAAAAAUUUCUUUAAGUCCUAUUAUUCACAGGCCAGUAACCUGAGACUACAUGGUAACAUGUACCAUGUGACAGAAAGUCACACGAUAGCUGUUGUGCAGCUAUUUUACAGCUAAGAUUUCAGUAUAAAAAAAAACUAGCAUUGUGUUCUACAAUAGCAAAGUCACAUAUGACCUGGGACCAAAAAUCCAAGUAUUGGAUUUUUUGUCACUGUCAUAACACGUAGCAUCAUAUUUUGACCGCAUUGACAAUUAGAGGCAGUGUCACAAUGCGACGUGAUUUUGAUAUCACAUAACAUUUCGCCAUGUAGCUACAGCCUAAAGGCCAAUAAAAAUAUUAUUUUUUUUGGGUGGAAUUAUCCUGCAUCUGCCAAAAGACCAUAUUAUAUUUCUCUGAGGUCAACGGUGACUGAGGUCCAUGGAGGAAAAGUAUUGUGGAUAUAAGGAAGAGAAGAAGAGCCUUGUUUACUUCCAGAGCAGUGAAGAUGAACUGUCCCCAUGAAUCUUGCUUCUUUUCUCUGUAUUCACACCUUCACCGACACUGCGGGACAGUCCAGAGUGACAUGGGGGGAAGUAACGACGCUCCAUGUAAUAAUGUAUGUAGAAAUAUAGACAUGUUAAUAUUUCAUUAAAACAGUAUUUAAAGCUAA